AUGGCGCUAUCCACUGCUCUUCUCCUCUCCGUCGUCUCUCUCAUUCUCCUUCCCUCUCCUUCCUCCGCCAACGAGGGCAACAUCCUCGCCACCGGCGACGUCCUUCCCAAUGAUGCCCAGCUCUCCUACAACGAAGCCGCCUUUGUCAUGCAAAAUGACUGCAAUCUCGUGCUCUACAACAAGGCCGCUGGCUUCGAGUCUGACACAUCCGGCGCAGGCACCAAGUGCACCCUCACCCUCUCGGACCACGGCCAACUCGUCAUCAAAAACGGCAAUGGCAAACAAGUAUGGUCUUCUCCCGGCGGAAACAAGAAGGGCGAAUAUGUCGCCGUUCUUCGCCCCGAUGGUCAAGUCAACAUCUUCGGACCCCAGAUCUGGUCUACCCCUGCGCUGUCUUCUUCAUCCGCCACUGUCGAUGCUCAGCUGGAUGACAAACCGUUGGUUCGUAACGUGUUGUUCUCGACGCAGGUCCUGCAAGAGAACUCGAAGCUGGAGAGCAGAGACUACAGUUUUGAGAUAACAGGGGAUUGUAAUUUGGAGUUUAGAAAGGCGGCUGUGGGAGUGGUUUGGGACAGCAAGACGAAGGGUGAGGGACAGCAUUGCUUCGUCAGGCUGGACAAUCGCGGACGCCUUGCCGUUGUUAAUGACAGGUAUAAGGCUUUGUGGAUGAGCAAGCCGUCGGGAGGCGGGGGAGACUACGUUCUUGUUGUUCAGAUCAACGGGCAGGCAG